AUGGCAGCAGUCAUAAAGAUAUUCGUUUCUUCUGCUCACCAUUACAUGCUAAUAGGGAAUGGAUUGGGUGUUAAUACAGCUGAUUUGAUGCAAAUACCAGGAGCAACAAGUACCAAACUUCAUUUGGUAUUCCAGAGGUGGUUUGAUGCUGAUAGAGAUGUCAAUUGGGAUACAUUAAUAAAACUGUGUGAUGAUUAUCCUGAUGAACUGGGCAAAGCAAGAUUUAACCUUAGAUCAAUUGAAGACACAUCAAUCAGUGAUGAUCCCUCGCUAGCAUCUCAUUCAGCAAGUAGCUUAAGUACCAGUGCAGAUCCUUUUGUUAAAAGAGAACUAACUAAAAGUGAUCAUGGUACCAUUAUGGGACUCAUUGACAAAGAUAUAGCUCCAAAAUAUAAAGAACUGGCUAUACAAUUCCGUAUCCCUCAGGGUACAAUAGACACCAUAGCCUACAAUAACAGAAACAACUCAGCAUGGGAUGGACUAAAUGAUGUUGUUGCUGAUUGGCUGAGAGGAAAUACUGAAGUGUAUGAUGAAGGAGUUAAAGCUAGUGCAAGGUGGCUGUAUGAUGCUGUAAGAGCAAUAGAUCAUAAGCACCUUGGAACAAAAAUUGCCAAAGAGUUUGGGAUUCCAGAGCAAAGUGAUCAGUCCACUCAAGAAGCAGACAAAGGAGCAACUGGUACUGGAAUAGAAGAGACUGAUUUAGAAGAACCACUUGGUAGCACAGGAGUGCCAAUCAAAAUGAAAAAACAUCUGAAAAAGAUUCUGUUGAAGAUCUCAUUAAAUCAGGUAUUCCAGAGCAGUGGUGUAAAGAAGGUAUUAUGACACUGACUCUUACUCGUGUACUCAUGAUUGGUCCUGCUGGAUCUGGGAAAACGUGU